AUGGGUACUCCUGGCUCGGCAUCCCCCGCCCCUUCUCACGCGACCGAUUACUUUAAUUCACAUGCGAGGGAAUAUAGUGAGAGUACAGGUUCAUUGUCACUUGAUCAGAAAUUCGGCUACGAUGGGAGAGAUACACCCGGAACUCGGCAGUCAUUCUAUGGCGAAGGACGAGCAGGCACUCGACAGUCAUUUUAUGGCAAUGGAACCCCAGUACAGCGGCGAUCAUUUGCGCAAACAUUUGCGCAGGGACAGGGCAUUCGGCGCUAUCCGACGCGAAAAAUUAAACUCGUGCAAGGUUUCGUCUUGAGUGCUGAUUACCCUGUGCCAAGCGCAAUUCAAAAUGCGAUGCAAAAAGAAUAUCGAGACACCGAGGAAUUCGCCGAGGAGUUUUCUCAUAUGCGAUAUACCGCUGCAACAUGCGACCCUGACGAAUUCGUGAUGCGCAAUGGUUAUAACCUUCGCCCAACAAUGUAUAGUCGGCAUACCGAGUUGAUGAUUGGAAUCACUUGCAAAAGUGAGAACAAGGUUCUCACCGCACGGACCUUACAUGGCGUUAUGCAGAAUAUUCGGGAUAUUACCAGUCUCAGAAAGUCCAAAUUCUGGAAUAAGGGUGGGCCGGCUUGGCAGAAGAUUGUCUGUUGCCUGGUAUUCGAUGGAAUUGAUCCAUGUGACAAGAAUACUUUGGAUGUGUUGGCGACUAUUGGUGUUUACCAGGAGGGUGUCAUGAAGAAAUCCGUUGAUGGCAGAGAGACGGUGGCACAUAUCUUUGAAUAUACCACGCAACUUUCCGUCACACCGGAUCAGCAGCUUGUUCGACCAAAGGGUGAUGAGUCAACCAAUCUUCCGCCCGUACAGAUGAUCCUGUGCUUAAAACAACAGACCAGCAAUAAAAUCAACUCUCACCGAUGGCUCUUCAACGGUUUCUGUCGCAUGUUGAACCCAGAAGUGGUCGUGCUUCUGGACGCAGGUACAAAACCCGAAAGAAGAUCCCUGUUAAACCUAUGGCAAGCAUUCUACAACAACGAGAAUCUCGGUGGAUCCUGCGGCGAGACUCGUGCACUGCGGGAUAAGCGAUCCAUCAUCAAUCCCUUCAUCGCAGCCCAGACCUUCGACUAUAUGAAAUCCAACAUCCUCGACAAACCAUUGGAAAGUGUAUUUGGACACGUUUACCUUGGUGCAUUUUCGGCAUACCGCUACCGAGCCAUUAUGGGCCGCCCCUUGGAACAGUAUUUCAAUGGAGAUAUUGGCCUGUCGAAGAAGCUUGGUAAAAAGGGUAUAGAGGGAAUGAGCAUUUUUAAGAAGAACAUGUUCUUCGCUGGAGAUCGAAUCUUGUCCUUCGAGUUGGUUGCCAAGGCUGGAUCGAAAUGGCAUUUGUCGUUUGUCAAGGCUGCGAAGUGUGAAGCGGAAGUUCCUAGGGAUUUUACGGAUUUCAUCAAUCAGCGACGAAUUUGGCUGAAUGGUUCGUUUGCUGCGAAUCUUUACGCUUUCAUCCAUUUUGAUCGCAUUUUGAGGAGUCGGCAUAACAUACUUCGAUUGAUGCUUUUCUACCUGCAAGUGAUCUAUGAUUUCUCGAAUCUGAUAUUGACUUGGUUCUCACUCGCCUCAUUCUGGUUGAUCAGCACAGGCAUCUUGAACCUCGUGGGUACUCCUGGUACAUUCAAUAAUGAUUCCGCGUGGCCUUUUGGUAAUGAAGCCUCUCCGAUCGUACAUACAUUCUUCAAGUACGGCUACGGUGUGUUCCUGCUUCUUCAAUUCAUUUUAUCUCUCGGAAACCGACCGAAAGGCUCUCGCCUGUUGUACCUCCUCACUUUCAUGUACUUCGCUUUCAUCCAGCUAUACGUGACAGUUUUGGCAUUCUACGUCGUCGCCAACAACAUCAACGGCAAUUUCAACGUUGAUCUGGACGAAGAUGCCAUCAAGACUGAGACCUGGAAUGCCUCAGCUUCGAAUAUGGUUGUGAUCUCUAUCGUUUGUACCUAUGGUGUCCACAUCGUCACCAGUCUCCUCUACAUGGAUCCCUGGCACGUCCUUACAUCCUCCUGGGCUGCCUACGCCGGAACCAUAUGCUCCACCAACAUCAUGAUGGUAUACGCCUUCUGCAACUGGCAUGACGUCUCACUAGGCACACCAGUGAAAGACAAGGGUGACAAGCUUCCCGAAGCGCAGAUCACGAAAGAAGGAAAGUCCCGAGUCAUCGAAGAAGUGGAACGACCUCAAGUCGAUAUCGAUUCCGCGUUUGAGGUCACGGUCAAGCGAGCUCUUGCUCCCUUCGAGCCACCCGCAGACGAGGAGAGCAAGAGCAUGGAUGAUUCGUACAAGUUUUUCCGAACCAAUCUUGUGCUGUUAUGGGCGUUCAGUAACAUCAUCAUGGUUCUUGUGCUAAACAGCAAUGGAAUCGGUAGGUUUUGUUUAACGGAUUACCCCACAACACGUGUCUGGGGUUAUAUUAUGGCUGUUAUGUGGGCGACGGUUGGUCUGUCACUUUUCCGAUUUGUUGGAUCGCUUUGGUUCCUGGUGAAAUCUGGAGUCCUCGGUUGUUUCCAUAAGCGUUAG